AUGGUGAAACGCACCAAUCCGCUCCAGGUUCAGGGGAGGCUUCUUUCAUUGGAGUCAUGCAAAAAGUGCCCCCCCAUUCCAACAAAUAAGUUCUGGGCAAACUUCAUCCUGGGAGGGCAAUCCCAGCCUGUUUGGACACAGCCGUACUCGUUGACUUGGUCGAAGGGAAGUGGGGAUACGAAAAGCUAUGGGAUGAGUAUCACGCAUAUCGAGAGACAGCAGGUUCUGUUUGGUCCGCUGCAAGACAAUGGGGCCCCGGAGUACUAUUCCAAUCCCACUGGGAUCCAGUCUAUCAUUUUAUCCGCCUUGGAGCUCAAACAGGAUACAGUACUUAAGACCGAUUCGCAUUCCGAAUUUAGCUGCAAUGCAAAUCUAGGACCCACCGGCGGACAAAGUCAUGCUCUCACAUUCCCAGUGGUCAUGGGGAUGGGCUUCAUAACGGCCUUGUGCUACUCUUGCACUCCGUCCAUCGAGUCGUCAGUGGGAAUCUCCACGUUCGCGGCAUGUAACACCAUUUCAAACACCAUCUCUAAAUACCAUAUGUCCUUGUAUGAUGGAACGAAUUGGGUGCUGUAUGCCACGCCCUCGCCAGAUUCUGUUAACAGUCCUGUUCUGUUCAACUUAGGAACCACUGGCCUAGUUCAAGGACCCGAAGCCUUUACAGGAACAGUGCAGAUUGCAAAAAUCCCACUCGGUGCCACUGAUGAGAUAUUCGACAAGAGUGCAGGCACAUAUGCAAUCGGAACAACAAUUUCCAGCACCGUGACGGGGAAGACUGGGGAGUACACGUUCAAGUUUGAGAAACGGGGGGAUACCUCAAAGCCACUGUUAAUGUACGCUCUUCCACAUCUUGUCGAUUCCUUCGACGAAACAACAGCCAAAGCGAAGACGCCCUUACAGCUCGUCUCCCCGACCAAAGGCAGAGCAACGGGAGUCCUCGCUGAUCAAUGGACUAUGGUCGAAGACAGCCUCCCAAUGGACAUUGGCUUGUUUCCGUGGUCUCCCGGGAAUCCUGCUCCUAGCCUUUCUCUCGUGGCCAUUGAUGAAAUCAAAUCUGCGGCAGUGAUAGAGGUGGAACAGAAUCUUCACGAGCAGGCUUACCGUGAUAGCAUGUACUACUCCGGGAAAGCGUUCGGAAAGUGGGCUAUGAUGACCUGCGCCCUUGAUCUUGCAGGUCUCACUGAGCUACGAGACAAAUGCCUGGCUAAACUGAAGGAAGAGUUCGCGCUGUUUGUUCAGAACAAGCAGGAAAACCCCUUGGUAUAUGACCAGAUGUUUAAAGGGAUUGUCUCCAGCGCGGGAUAUGUCAACAAAGAGAAGGACUUCGGUGGAACACUUUACAAUGACCACCAUUUCCACUAUGGAUAUUUCGUCUACACAGCUUCAGUAUUGGCCACGUUCUUCCCGUCCUGGCUUGGCGAAGGAAGAAACAAGGCCUGGGUCGAUUCGCUUCUCCGCGACUUUGCAAAUCCGAUCACUGAUAAGCAUUAUCCCUCUUCGCGAGCCUUCGAUUGGUGGCAUGGCCAUUCAUGGGCAAAGGGGCUUUUCGAAAGCGGCGAUGGCAAGGACCAAGAGAGCACCAGUGAAGAUAGCUUCGCAUCCUAUGCCGUGAUGAUGUACGGCCGGGCUUCCAACGACCGAGCUAUAGAGAGUCGUGGCGCGCUCAUGCUUGCCAUCCAGCGCCGGGCAUUUCAUGCGUACUUCUUGAUGAAGGACGAUAAUCCGAAUCAACCGGAGCAGUUCAUUAAGAAUCGUGUGCCGGGGAUCUUGUUCGAGAACAAGUGCCACCAUACCACUUACUUCGGCGCGAAUAGUGAGUUCAUUCAAGGCAUUCACAUGCUUCCCGUUAGCGCUGUGUCCGCCUACACUCGACAAAGGGACUUCGUGGAACAAGAGUGGAAGACUUACUUCGGUAACGGGCGCGCGGAGAAGGUCGAAGGCGGCUGGCGGGGGAUCCUGAAGUUGAACCAAUCGAUAAUCGACCCGGAUGGGGUAUUCCGUUUCUUCAGUGCUCCAGAUUUCAACAUGGAUCUCCUAGAUUCUGGGCAGUCCAGGCAGGCGUCGACUCCUCAAGACCUUGAAUGAAUAUGUGCUAACGCCGCAUCAGAACUUGGUCCCUGGCGUACAGUGCCGCUCUCCGCGGAGGACCGGU